CCCAGGGAAAAGGAAGGAGCCUCUGGGGGUUUUGUAGUUCGAGGGGAGCUAAAGUAAUUCAUCCAACAAAAAUUGUGUUUUAUGCGUCUGUUUACGAAAGCCAAACCGUUCAAAUAAUUUCAAUUUUCCCAAACUCCCGCUUUAGUUUCUCCGGAAUUGUGGUUUUAAACCGUUUUAUCAACUCGUAUUGCUCAUUACGUUUUCUUCCAGUUUAUUCUGGGGCUUGAAAGACUUUCCUAGCGUCUAGUAACGGCGUUGCGGACUUUGAAGCGCGACAAUGGCCAUUCGCUACGCACCCAAGCUGGUGAGAUACUAUCGAAGAGCUGUCAACGCGAAGCGACGAACCAUAGGAUCGUACAUCGCAGCUUACAGCUCAGCAAACAGUCAUUUUCCGAUCAGACCGACUCAAGGGCGCUUUAUCGGAGCGGGCGCCAGCGACCACUACAAGAGUUUUUACUUGUCCAGUUUCCGUCUGGGUUCGUUGGACUCCUUUGACUUGUAUGUCAACGACCGCGUGCCGUAUUCCCCUGUGUGGACGGUAUCCUCCGACGACUUUUAUGCCGAUCCCAGCACCACUACCGCGCAGUAUCUGUCACAGAUCCGCAGCUGGGAGACCAUUCAGAGCUAUCACGCGCAUUUCCUGCAGGACUGCAUCCUGAAGAUGCAGCCCCAGGCAGCUCACUUGCAGCAGCCAGACGACGCCCAGCCCAAAAAGCUCACGGAAGAACAGGAGAGAGCUAAUCGUCGCAGAGAUCAGCUCCGUGAAAUUGCGGAGAAGAUGGGCGACAGCCUGCCGGAUUUCUUCACGAAACGCUUCGACUACAGUGAUUAUUCCCUGGAUGUGGUGUUUGAGAAUCGGAUUCGGGGACUUGUGACUAAAGGACUGAAGGACUAUGCUCUGCAGUUGAAUAAAUACAAAAGCCUGGGACAUAUCAUCUAUGCCCAUAUUAAGUUGGAUGUCUUGAAGAUUACCGAACAUCCGGAAGACAAUACGGUGCGCGUUCGAUGGAGAAUUACGAUGAUCGGUGGUCUGCGACCGUUUUUAACAUUCUGGAGACUGUGGACAAAGCAAGGUAAGGAGGAAGUAAGGGAGUACCUGGAUGGGUUCAGCACAUUCGUGAUUGGGGAAGAUGGGAAGAUACACAAGCAUAUCGCCGAUAAAAUGAUGCCGGACGACGAGAAGGUGACGAAUAAAAUGCCGGAAAAGCUAGCUAAAUUGGCGGCAUUUGUUGGAUUCAUUGGACUGUCAUCAAUGGAUUGAGAUUUCAAUUGCUGAAUAAUUAAAGCAAAGCUGUGACAUAUGAAGGUACUUCUUUCGCAUUUCGUUUCUGACAGCGUUUGAGAUGUUGGUGUUCUUUGAGUAGAUUUAUUAUCUUCGUGUUCAGCGAAACUCUUCAGUUUUUGAGCAGUUUGUGUGUCUGCGGUUUUGGUUAACAGUGUAAGUAGCGCCUUAAACUGCUGGUGCGCGAGUUUUAGAAAUAGAGCAAUAGAAGAUGGACAUCUGAAGGCAUGAGAUCACCGUAGUCGUAUAGCAUUAUUGUAUUACUAUAGAACGUUCAUACUAUUACGCAGAUUUAUCUUGGUACUAAUUGUUGUAAGUAUUAAAACAAGACGGC